CAAGCCAGCUCUGCCUUCUUCCACAUUCUUUAAACCUCUCUUUCACCUAUAUAAACCCUAAAAUUAUAAAAUAAAAAUCACCACAAAAUUUCAACUAUCUUUUUCUUUUUUUUUUUUCAAAAAAAAAUGAGUUCAUCACGCUUUCUGAGAAAUGGCAAUAACGCCCAUCAUUAUAUAACAACUAUAUUGAAAAGACCCACUAUAUCUAACUCAUUCGGAGCUCCAAUAACCCGACCAGUUUUCCAAAACCAACCCAAAUAUUGGUAUUCAAAAUUUCCUGAAAAAAAGGUCAAAGGUGUUGACUUUUCUAUACCAUUUGCUGCAAAAGGUGUUGUAACAAGGUUUUCUUGGGUAUCAAAUAAUGGGUUUGUUGGUUGGUAUUUGGGUAUGCUUAAAACCCGACCCGUUUUGACUAAAAGUGUUACUUGUUCCCUUAUUUAUAUUGCUGCUGAUUUAUCUUCUCAGACAAUCACGCGGUCAUCUUCAGACUCUUAUGAUCUAGUACGUACUUUACGUAUGGCUGGUUAUGGAAUGAUUAUAUUAGGUCCAGCAAUGCAUUUCUGGUUCAACUUUGUGUCCAGAAUUUUUCCAAAAAGAGACCUUAUUGCAACUUUCUCAAAGAUGUUCAUGGGGCAGUCAAUAUUUGGGCCUAUUAUGACUGUUGUAUUUUUCUCAGUGAAUGCAGGUCUACAAGGCGAAAAUAGUUCAGAAAUAGUUGCUAGAUUGAAGCGAGACUUGGUCCCUACAUUGCUCAGUGGUGUUAUGUUCUGGCCCAUCUGUGAUUUUAUCACCUUCAGAUUCAUCCCUGUUCAUUUGCAGCCUUUAGUGAGCAACUCAUUUGCAUACAUAUGGACUGUCUACAUCACAUACAUGGCAAGCUUAGAGAAAGCAGAAACCAGUUAAUGUAACCACUAGUUUUGGUGUUGCAUGCUUUAAGAACUGGUGACUUUACUUUAUCUGGCGAUCUUACAAACUUGUAGCAAGGUGGAAGUUGACUGACUCCCAAUUGCAGAAGUAAUGGCAACACCGUCACAUUUAUUUUUUGCACGUAGUCGAGUCACAUAGGCAUAUCCGUUAGUGUCCCUGUAAAUGAGGCUGAUUAUUCAGCGUGUUACAUCUAGAAUUAUAAAAACAAUCUUAGGAUAGUUCAACAUUUUUUUGGGUUAAUUUCUGGAGUAUCCGUAUCUUAUAAAAAAGUGGUACAACUGACAUAGUGAGAGUACAGGAUUCUCCAAUUUCUUCUUAUCUAUCGCUAAGUUACUGUAGCGUCAAAUCAGAGUUUGUAUUGGAUCAAAAGUAUAAUUCUCAGGUACCAGCAAUGAACAUUAUAUUUUAUUCUAAUUUUGCUUCUACAUGAUAUUGAUCUGUAUAAUUUGAGUUUUUUGUAUCUUAUUUUUGAUUUAAAAUACUAACUAUCGGGUCUCAGCAUUGGCAUACAGGCUUUCUAGUAAAUUAAUCAGUCCGUAGGGUCUACUCCGUAUUCAACUUGGUUAUCGAUAUGGCUUACUUUUACCAAUAUAAUCAUUUCUUGUGUGGCCAUGCGAAUUUCUUUUUGAGGAGAUGCUUAACCAGUUCAAGUUUGUAUGAAGAGUGACUAGAACACGGUGGUCGGUGGAUAUAGUUAUCUGAAGGUCGGACACCACGAUGACCAAGAAAAGCAUUAGUCAUAGUAACUUCCUUGUUUUAUAGGCUUUAUAGUAUUCAGUAGUUAUAGCAAGACUUAACAAUUCCUCUAUCUUAGCAAAGUAGUUAACAACAUAUAUCACUUAGUGUUGGCCUGCAAAUUCGUGGCACCAUAAUAGAAUCAUUACCAAUAGCACGGAAAAAACCCAACUGUGAAAAGACCCAGUGGAUUUUGCACUUUUGCAGGAGCAUGUGAGAAGUAAUUACCAGGUUUCGUCCAGUCAUUGAUACUCUGUAACCUGUGAGACUCUGAUCUGUAAAGGUGAUGAGUUGACAUUCAAUUGGUGAGUUAGGAAAUUUGUAUAAUGGGUUAGAAAAUGAUUCACUUAUAGACAUCCAGAAAAUAAUUUUGUUGCAUAUUUGGGGGCUUGGAGUAGUUACUGUGAAUCAAAUUUUAUGGUGGACGAGCUGCAAAACCGUCACAGUGUGUAAUUUUUGUGUCUUCGCGUUAACCAUGUUGUCAUACAGCUUACUGGCCCUUCCAUGUAUGUCACUCUUUAAAGCCUUUUAACUUUUAGUCCAAGUUUAUUUCAUUUA